CCCGACAUGGCGGAAGAGGAGGUGGCCAAGUUGGAGAAGCACUUGAUGCUUCUCCGACAGGAGUACGUGAAGCUGCAGAAGACGUUGGCAGAGACAGAGAAGAGAUGCACUCUUUUGGCUGCGCAAGCAAAGAAGGAAAGCAGCGACGAGUCCUUCAUCAGCCGCCUGCUGACGAUCGUGGCCGACCUCUAUGAGCAGGAGCAGUAUAGUGAUCUGAAGAUAAAGGUUGGGGGCAAGCACAUCAAUGCUCACAAGUUUGUGCUGGCGGCCCGCAGUGACAGCUGGAGUCUGGCUACUUUGUCGUCCACCGAGGAGCUGGACCUAUCAGAUGCUAACCCUGAGGUGACAAGGACGAUGCUCCGUUGGAUCUACACGGAUGAGCUGGAGUUCAGAGAAGAUGACGUGUUCCUGACUGAGCUGAUGAAGCUGGCGAAUCGGUUUCAGCUACAGCUCCUCAGGGAGAGAUGUGAGAAGAGUGUUAUGUCUCUGGUGAACGUCAGGAAUUGUAUUCGCUUCUAUCAGACUGCGGAGGAGCUGAGUGCCAGCACGCUGAUGAACUAUUGUGCAGAAAUUAUUGCCAGUCAUUGGGACGACCUGCGGAAGGAAGACUUCAGUAGCAUGAGUGCCCAGCUGUUGUACAAAAUGAUCAAAUCCAAGACCGAGUACCCGUUACACAAGGCGAUCAAAGUAGAGCGAGAGGAUGUGGUCUUCCUCUAUCUCAUUGAGAUGGACUCACAGCUCCCUGGGAAGCUGAAUGAAGUGGAUCAUAACGGAGACCUGGCUUUAGAUCUAGCCCUGUCACGACGACUGGAGAGUAUUGCCACCACGCUGGUUAGCCACAAGGCUGACGUGGACAUGGUCGACAAGAAUGGCUGGAGCUUGUUACACAAAGGAAUCCAAAGAGGAGAUCUCUUUGCUGCCACCUUCCUCAUUAAGAACGGCGCCCUCGUCAAUGCUGCUACGUUGGGUGCCCAGGAGACACCGUUGCACCUCGUGGCUUUGUACAGUGCGAAGAAACACUCGGCAGAUGUGAUGUCUGAGAUGGCCCAGAUCGCAGAGGCCCUUCUGCAGGCUGGUGCCAACCCCAACAUGCAGGACAGCAAGGGCAGGACUCCCUUGCACACGUGCAUCGUGGCCAGGAAUGAACGUGUGUUCAGCCAGUUGCUGCAGUGCAAACGGCUGGAUCUGGAACUGAAAGACCACGAGGGCAGCACAGCUCUGUGGCUCGCGGUGCAGUACGUCACUGUGUCUCCCGACCACUCGGUGAACCCCUUCGAAGACCUCCCGGUGGUGAAUGGGACCUCAUUUGAUGAGAACAGCUUUGCAGCCAGACUCAUCCAGAGGGGCAGCAACACGAACGCGCCGGACACUGUCACAGGGAAUUGCUUACUGCAGCGGGCGGCUGAAGCAGGGAAUGAGGCAGCGGCUCUUUUCCUGGCAACCAGUGGUGCCCAGGUCAAUCACAGGAACAAGUGGGGAGAAACACCGUUGCACACAGCCUGUCGGUAUGGCCUGGCCAACCUUACCGCAGAGCUCCUGCAGCAAGGUGCCAACCCGAACCUGCAGACAGACGAAGCUCCGCCUUUGCCGAAGGAGGCCGCGUCUGCGACCAGCUCCGUGGACAGUGUCUAUCUGCAGACACCACUGCACAUGGCCAUUGCCUAUAAUCAUCCGGAUGUGGUGUCUGUCAUCCUGGAGCAGAAAGCUAAUGCUCUUCAUGCCACCAACAACUUGCAAAUCAUUCCGGACUUCAGCCUGAAGGAUUCCCGAGACCAGACGGUGCUGGGCCUGGCAUUAUGGACUGGCAUGCACACGAUCGCAGCCCAGCUGCUGGGCUCCGGGGCCUGCAUCAACGACGCCAUGUCGGACGGGCAGACCUUGCUGCACAUGGCCAUGCAGCGGCAGGACAGCAAGAGCGCGCUCUUCCUCCUGGAGCACCAGGCAGACAUAAAUGUCCGGACUCAGGACGGGGAGACAGCCCUUCAGCUGGCCAUCAGAAACCAGCUUCCACUCGUAGUGGACGCCAUAUGCACCCGGGGAGCGGAUAUGUCCGUACCGGAUGAGAAGGGGAACCCCCCACUGUGGCUCGCCUUGGCAAACAGUCUGGAGGACAUCGCCUCUACCCUGGUCAGACAUGGUUGUGAUGCCACGUGCUGGGGCCCGGGGCCCAGUGGGUGCCUGCAGACACUCCUGCACAGGGCCAUUGAUGAAAACAAUGAGUCGACCGCCUGCUUCCUCAUUCGCAGUGGCUGCGACGUGAACAGUCCCAGGCAGCCCGGCCCUAAUGGAGAAGGGGAGGAGGAGGCCAGAGAUGGGCAGACCCCCUUGCAUUUGGCAGCCUCCUGGGGGCUGGAAGAGACGGUCCAGUGUCUUCUGGAAUUCGGUGCCAAUGUAAACACACAGGAUGCAGAAGGAAGAGCACCUGUCCACGUGGCCAUCAGCAACCAGCACAGCGUCAUCAUUCAGUUGCUGAUCUCCCACCCCGAUAUCCACUUGAGUGUCCGCGACAGACAGGGGCUGACCCCUUUUGCCUGCGCCAUGACUUACAAGAAUAACCGGGCAGCUGAGGCCAUCCUCAAGCGAGAGUCUGGGGCUGCCGAGCAGGUGGAUAACAAGGGCCGGAAUUUUCUGCACGUGGCAGUUCAGAACUCUGAUAUUGAGAGCGUCCUGUUCCUGAUCAGCGUCCAGGCUAACGUGAAUUCCAGAGUCCAGGAUGCCUCCAAGCUGACCCCUUUGCACCUCGCUGUCCAAGCAGGCUCAGAGAUUAUUGUCCGCAACUUGCUUCUUGCAGGAGCCAAAGUGAAUGAGUUAACGAAGCAUCGCCAGACUGCCCUCCAUCUCGCCGCCCAGCAGGACCUGCCCACCAUCUGCUCCGUCCUCCUGGAGAACGCAGUGGACUUCGCUGCUCUGGAUGAGAAUGGAAAUAAUGCUCUUCAUCUUGCUGUCAUGCACGGGCGGCUCAACAACAUCCGGGUCCUCCUGACCGAGUGCACCGUGGACGCUGAAGCCUUUAAUCUACGAGGCCAGUCACCACUGCACAUCCUGGGGCAGUAUGGCAGAGAGAACGCGGCAACCAUCUUCGAGCUGUUCCUGGAGUGCAUGCCUGAGUACCCUCUGGAUAAACCGGACGCGGAAGGAAACACAGUGCUGCUCUUGGCAUACAUGAAAGGGAACGCCAACUUGUGCCGUGCCGUCGUCCGCUCCGGGGCUCGCCUUGGGGUCAGCAAUAACCAGGGAGUCAACAUCUUCAACUACCAGGUUGCCACCAAGCAGCUUCUGUUCAGACUGUUAGACAUGCUGUCCAAGGAGCCUCCGUGGUGCGACGGGUCCACCUGCUACGAGUGUGCCGCCAAGUUUGGAGUCACGACUCGCAAACAUCACUGCCGCCACUGCGGACGCCUUCUUUGCCAUAAAUGCUCGACCAAGGAGAUUCCUAUUAUAAAGUUUGACCUGAACAAGCCCGUGCGAGUUUGCAACAUUUGCUUUGAUGUACUGACUCUGGGGGGGGUCUCUUAGGGAGCCCCCAGGCCACACCCCGGUCGCCUCCCCAGCAGCUGUUCUGCUCUCAAGCCCGACCCACCCAGAGCAGGGGUUGCUGGCCCGUCUUCCUGCGGAACAGACUGAGCGAUUAAGGACCCCGGUGUGAUUGACCCCAUCUCAAGGGUCCGGUGGGUUGUCCGUGUGUCCGACUGGGAUCGAGGUCACUGGAUGACUCGGGGGGGCAGGCCUUGUCGCCGCAGUGGCACCUGUGACAGGAGUUGGACCCCAGUCUGCUUGCAACUUACGAGGACACUCAGAAAACCAGUCCCCUCCCAGUAGCUUAGUGUCCGUGUCGAGCAUUGCCGUGGUCUUCCUGCGCGGGCGGGCGGGCGGGCGGGCGGACGGGCGGUCAGAGCCCCGCAGGGGGAGGCGGGCGUCUGGCCGCUCGGUGAGCGCUGUCUUCACUCUGGGUAGGUGCAGCGCGCAGCGUUUUCAUAAAGAUCAUAGGAUACUCUUGCCCGAAGUCCUUUUUUUUUUUUUAAACCUAAGCUGAGAUUUUUUAGUGAGCUGCCCCUUUAAAAAAGGUGAAAUCUUUCUAAACAGGGUUCAAAGAUGAGAGCUGAAAAAUUGUGGCCUUAACAACUGAAAGCUUUACCCGUCUUCACGCUCCUGGGUUCAGGAGUGCAGCGUCUCCUUCUCUCGUCUGGCUGUGUCCUGUCUGUGGAGGCCUCGCUCUGCCACCGGCGCAUGGUGGUGGAGGUGCACUUUGAUUGUGCUGCACUUUUUAAAAAACACAGCUGCAUUAUGGCUGAUUCCGAUUUAAAAAUCCACAUUCAGAAGUAGCCUCACACAUCCACGCAUUAGUGACUCUGACGAUCAGCUCUGAUGGGACCUCAGUGCACAGGGAGCUGCGGAGUGUCCCUGGGAGCAAGAGUGUCACCCGGGCCCAGCGGUGGGGAGGGGAUCGUGCAGCCUCAGGCCGGCAGGUGCAGGAAUCCCGAGUUCCCAGCGGCUUGCCCCGCCCAGCGGGUGCGAGCCGGUUGGGAACACGCUGGCUCAUCCGCGGAAUGAGGCCCCAGAGCCUCCUGGCCCUAGUCGCUGCUAGUGCGUAUGCUAACCCUGUGGCGCUAAACGUCUCCCUUGGAAGGUUUGGCCAGUUUUUUAAAAAUGUACGUUUAAAGAGAAACUUCUAGCACUGCUUUAAAGAAAGAAACCCUGAGAUGAACAUAUGUGUUCCUAAGUUAUUCUCAGAGAUUAACAGUCUCGAUCGUAAUGCUGAUUUUUCAGACAUUUAACAACCACUACAUUGUUUUUGCAUUAAUGAAGUAUGGGUAUAUGUGUAAAGGGACUAAAUAUUUUUUUGGGUAGUAGUAUGUUCUUUCUGUUGCUGUAGAUUUAUACGUUUUGUUGCCUAAAUGUGUGUGUAAAAUGAGCUGAUAAACCAGAGCGCUACUUUUUAAUAUUUCUGUGAUUUAUGAAAUAUACAAGCUUUCUACGUUAAUACGAGCUUGUGCACAAUGUUUAAAAGAAAAAAUUAGAAGAGUUCCCCAGUCUCCUAAGUCUGUGACACAUUUCCUAUAGACUUUUUACAGAGGAACAGCUGGUCUUGGCAGACACUUGCCUGCGUGAGGCCUGUGGUCAGCUUCCGUUUUCUGGUGCCUGAACGGGGCCACCAGGAAGCAGGGCUUCGUGAGGUGGCCUGGUUCUGUAGUUGGAAGGUAAGAUAAUUACGCUUCAGGUGUGAAUCGAGGCAGUUGGUACUUUCAUACUCGCUCUUUUCAUGUUCAUGGUGGAGCGCGGAGGACGGGAAGUCCAUCAGGGGUGAGGCUGACGGUCUAGCUCCCGCCCUGCCUUUACCAGUUUUAGUAACAAUCUUGCCUCUUAUUGCACUUAAAAAUCUUAAAAGGCCUGUUUAAAAUAUGUCGAGUCCAGCUUCUGUUUCUUCACGGAGUCCAGGGACGGCUGUGGUACCGAGCAGCCACGGAACGGGGGAGCAUUUUGUGAGUUCUGCGCCGGCUUCAGGCUGCACCCUUGUACGUGUAGACGGGGCCCCUUUCCACAGCCUCGGGGGGUCUCCGGGGCCACGGGGGUGCUCGCUGGGCUGCGUGCGGCUGCCCGCGGGACCCCCCGGCACCGCCCUUGCUGGCACUCGACGCGCUGUGGGACUGCAGGGCUGUUCUCGUUACAGUUUAAUCCGUAGCUUAAAUACUAGUAGCCGAGUCUCAGUUUUAUUCAGAGCUGCCAGGUGUGAGGAGUACAGCGGGAGGAAUAAACUUUCCGAAACACGGUGUGUGCACCCGCGAACGUUGUGACGCGGCGUCAGCCCUACCUGCCUCCUGCUCACCGCCGGGCCCGCGGGACAGCGUCCUCCACGGUCUCUGGCCCGCGCUGCGUGUGCGCCCAGCGGCCGGCUUGCUGCGAUCCUCCGGCGCGGGAACACCCACCCAACUCAAGUGCCUCCACUUAGGACUUUCUGGUUCUCGGUGACGGUAGUGUCUCUCUCCACGUGAUGCAUCAGAACGUGUGUUGCAUCUGCAGUUUGCUGCCCGCGCGCUGCCCGCCCCAGUCCGCGGUUUGGUCGAGGCUCGCCUGCCGUGCUCUCUCCAGCAGUGGGGUCCCCGUGCCCGCUGGUCCUCUACCUCAGCCCCGGGUCAUUUGUGGCCGUGCCCGCGCGGAGCCCAGCGUGCCGGCGGGUUCGCCCCCGCUCCGCUCGCGGCCCCCGCCCGUGCCGCCGAAUGAUUCUGCGCUGAUCUUGCCCUUGGGCGCGAGGUGGAGGGAAAGCCUCGGGAGGGGCUGGGUGAUGCUUAGACCCGAAAGGGGCACCGAGCCCCCAGGUGGCAGGUGAUACUGCGCAGGUGAGUGAGACGCUGCCACGACGGGCACCGAAGUAGCUCCUGACACAAGGCUUCUUGCGGCGCUGGGACUGCUCUCGCCAGCCGCGGAAGAGGAGGGGCGUGGAAGCCACAUUUUCAUUGUGAUUUAAUAAAGUAGUUCGUGAAGAGCUGACUGCUUGACGAGAUAAAAACACUUCACGAAUUCCCCGAAGUUGUCAUGGAUGCCUUAACGACUUUCUCUGGAAGAUCACUGCCCGGACGGUCCCUUUGUGGUAUAAAUCACACGCUGACCCGUUGCACACAACACCCACCUGGACCGCUCGACUUCGUGGCUCGUCCCCUUGGGGCAGAUGCGUGAGGCCGGGGGCAGGGCGGCAGCGGGGCAGGAACUGAAGGCGCACGUGCGGGUGGGUCGGUUGGGCUUCCAAGCCGUCCAGGGCGCGGUGCUCAGCGUGGGACCUCGGUGUCGUGUGUAGGACCAGGACGCUUUGAUCGGCGUCGUUUCUUUGGAGUCCACGUAAUGGAAUGUAUUUUCAAAUACUGAUACUUGCAUUUCCUGUAACAAUUCCUUACAAUAAAAUGAGGUAAAAUUGUGCAUUUCAAGUGGAAACUUUAAUAAGACAUUUGUAGUUUUUAAUGCCGAAGUACCAGUAAGCAUUAAAAACAGAUUUUUUUUUUGGA